UUUAUAAUAUUUUAAGAUAUAUUUUAGGGAUAUCGAAAUAUAUUAAUAGGAUAUCAUAUGAUAUCUUAAGAUAUUUUACGAUAUUUUAGGAUGUUUUUAUAGGAUAUCCCGGGUGCUACUCAUUGUGAUAUCCGUGGGAUCGCAUUCGUCUGUCUGGGAUAAUUUAAAAUAUCCUAAGGCUAAAAUGUCCUGUGUGGGAAGUAAUGUCUUAAGGGGAUGCUGGAGUUGUCUGUUUUAUGACAAAAAGAUAGUAAUUUUUGUUUCACAAUAUCUUUUUAUUUCUUUUAUAGAUUUGGAAAUCCUUCUCUAGAAUAAAAGAAUACGCAUUACUACGAGUCUGUGGAGUGGAGUUUCUUCCAAAAACGGGAAAAAAUUGUUAAUUUGCUGUCACAUCAUAAUAAUAUUUGAGAUGGUCUUGAAAUAAGAUUUGAUUAUAGAUGCGAUCUACUUAACGCUACAAAUCGUCGUUUCCGAAUAAAAAGGCGUUAACUCGGAAGUCGAUUGAAAAAAGCGUUAACUCGGAAGUCGGUUGGAAAAGGCGUUAACUGGGGAGCCGGUUGAAAAAGAUGUUAAUUCGCCUGCUAAUAUUUUUCACUUUAUUUUAAGUUGGCAGCGCUGCCGAAAUAAUUUUGGUGCUUAAUUUAAAAUAUAAACAUAUUUAAACGAAAAUAAAUAUGCACAUAUAGAUAGAGCACCAAAAUUAUUUCGGCAGUGCUGUCAAAACUUAAAUUAAAGCAAAAAAUUUGAGCGCGUAAGUUAACGCUUUUUCAACCGGCUUUCUAGUUAAUGCCUUUUCUAAUCGGCUUCCCAGUUAACGCCUUUUUCAACCGGCUUCUGAAUUAGCGCCCUUUUAUUCGGAAGCGAUAAAACGAAACAUUUUUGAAAUAUUUUAUUGAUCAAUUUAAACAAAGAAUUUUAUGAAUUGAUUACCAAUUAAAGAUUGUUUCGAAGCGUUUGUGGCAUCAAGUGGAUCGUACCCUAUGAAUACCGACCUUAGACGGCCAUGAUGUGUCUUAUCGGUCUUAUCUUAUUGUAUAAAGCCAAUUUCAAGUGGCAUUAAUGACGCUGUACGUUACAUCUAAUUUGAAACUUUAAUUUUAUGGUUCUUAAUAUGUCAUAUAAAAAUGUAUAAUUUUUAUUUACAUAAAUUUACUUAGAAAAUAAAAAAGAAAGCUAUUCUAAUUAUUAUUUUUAAAGUAAUUUAAAAUAGUAAACAGUACUUGUAGAAGAUACAGAUGGGCUUAAAUUGCGUGCGGCCUGUCGAUCCUUUAUGUGCCGUAAUACCAAGAAGCAUUGAGCUCGACGCUUCACCAAUUAAAGAAUCAAAAUUGCCAAUUAUCUUUUUAAUUGGAGGUCCCGGUGCUGGAAAAGCGACACAAUGUGUACGGAUAGCAGAACAUUACGGUUUCUGUGCCAUCGUAAGUAGAGAAUUAUUGCGCGACGAAGUAAGCACCGGGUCACAAAGAGGUGUUAUCCUGGCAUAUUUGAUGUCUGAGUUUAAACUGGUUCCCGCUGAUGUCAUGGUAGAACUCAUUAAAGCGAAGAUGCUGAGCAGUUUAAAUAGCACGCGAGGUUUUCUAGUGAGUGGAUUUCCUAGAGAGAAGAUGCAAUGGCAGCAUUUUAACCGACAGAUCCGACCGCCAGAUCUUGUUCUGUACUUAUAUGUCAGAAACUCACUGCUAAUGGACAGAAUUCUAGCUAGGACCAUCACGGCUACCGAACGACAACAACGUAGUAUUGAUGAAAAUUGGCGACGAAUCAAGGAGCACAGUCGAAUGAUGAAGCCUAUACUUAAGUACUAUAAAAAGCAAUUAGUAACCAUUGAUGGUGAGAAAGAUGAAAUAGAAGUUUUUCAAGACAUUUGCAACGCAAUUAAUAACACCUUGAUAAACUUUCCAAGUACAGCUGGUAAAAACAUUUAACUGUAGAAUUUAUCCGUUUACAAAAUAUUGUACUAAACUAGUGGUCCAUAAUGCAUCAAUUAUCGUGCAAUGUUAUAAGUUUAUUGACAAAAUUUUAUAUUGCAUUACAAAAAUUAAUGUGUUUUGCUAUAUGCUAUGUAUUUAAAUAUCUACAUUUUAAAAUAUAAUU